AGCGCUCCCAGUAAGAGCGGCACCGGCAGGGAAAGCGCUCCCAGUUCCCUCCCAGCGCUCCCAGUCAGAGCGGCACCGGCAGGGAAAGCGCUCUCCGAACGGGAGAGAGAGGGAGAGAAGGAGGAGCAGGGGCAGGAGGAAGAGGAGGGACAGAGGAGGAGGAGGAGGGAUAAAGGAGGAGGAGGAGGGAGAGAAGAAGGAGCAGGGGCGGGAGAAAGAGGAAGAGGAGGGACAGAGGAAGAGGAGGAGCAGCCUCAGCCCCGCUCCGACCGCGGCUCGCCCGGAUCCGCCGGCAUCGCCCGCCCGGAGCCCGCAGCCCAGGAUUUCCCACUGCCAAACCUCGGCCCCAUGGAGGAGGAGGAGGAGGAGGAGGAGGCUGUGAGGAAGAGGAAGAUGUCCCCAGAGCCUCAGGCAGAGCAGGAGCUGAGCAUGGAGAGCAGCGAGGAGAAAUCCCCGCGGCGGCAGAACCUGGUGGCAGAGGCCGUUGGGAGCGGCUCCACGGCGCAGGAAGGCAGCGGGGAGGAGAAGGCGCGGAGAUGCCUCAGCAGGAGGGGCUGCAAAGGCAGAGCGAGGGGAUCCGAGGGGGAAAGAGCCAGGCUGGGCCGGGGAGGGGGUCAGAGAUCAGAGCUGGGGGUCCAUGAGCAUCUCCAGGAUGGAGAGAAGCCCCAGAAGAGCUCAGAGCUGGGGGUCCGUGAGCAGCUGCAGGAUGGAGAGAAGCCCCAGAAGAGCUUGGAAUGUGGGAAGACCUUCAGGUGGAGACCAUCCCUGCUUGACCAUUCCAGAAUCCACACCAGGGAGAAACCCUAUGAGUGUGGGGAAUCUGGGAAAAGCUUCAGCUCAAGCUCCCACCUGGUCGUCCACCAGAAGAUCCCUAUGGGGAAAGAGCUGAGAUCUGAGGGGAAAAAACCCAGCCUGGGUCUGGGAGGUGGCCAGAGCUUGGAGCUGGGGGUCCGUGAGCAUCUCCAGGAUGGGGAGAAGCCGCACAAGAACUCAGAGCUGGGGGUCCAUGAGCAGCUCCAGGAUGGAGAGAAGCCCCAGAAGUUCUCAGAGUUGGGGGUUCAUGAGCAGCUCCAGGAUGGAGAGAAGCCCCACAAGUGCUCGGAAUGUGGGAAGAGCUUCAGGUGGAGAUCAUCCCUGAUCCGCCACUGCAGAAUCCACACGGGGGAGAGACCCUACGAGUGUGGAGAAUGUGGGAAGAGCUUCAACACCAGGUCCUACCUGAUCGUCCACCAGAGGAUGCACAACGGGGAGAGGUCCUACGAGUGUGGGCUCUGCGGGAAGAGCUUCAGCACCAGCUCCCACCUGAUUGUCCACCAGAGGAAUCACACAGGAGAGAGGCCCUACGAGUGUGAUGUGUGCAAGAAGAGGUUCCAGAGCAGCUCCACCCUCCGAAGCCACCAGAGGAUUCACACCGAGGAGAGGCCGUUCCGUUGUCCCGAUUGCGGGAAGGGAUUCAGGGAAAAUUCCACCCUGGUCACCCACCGGCGGAUCCACACCGGGGAGAGACCCUACGUGUGUGGGGAGUGUGGGAAGAGCUUCAACACCAGCUCUUACCUGAUGGUCCACCAGAGGAUGCACAGCGGGGAACGGCCCUACGAGUGUGGGCAGUGUGGGAAGAGCUUCACCCGCAGCUCCCAGCUGAUCGUCCACCACAGGGUCCACACCGGGGAACGACCCUACGAGUGUCCCCAGUGUGGGAAGGGCUUCAUCUCCAGCUCCAACCUGAUUGUCCACCAGAGGAGCCACGCUGGGGAGAAGCCCUACGAGUGUGAGCAGUGCAAGAAGAGGUUUCGGAGCGUGGGUGAGCUGGUGGUGCACCGACGUUCUCACGCUGAGGAGAGGCCGUUCCACCUCUCCGACUGCGGGCAGGGCUUCAGUGACAGCUCCACCCUCAUCCAGCAGCAGUUCAUGCAGCCCGGGGAGGGUGAGGAGAGCUUCAGUGAGAGCUCCAACCUGAUCAUCCACCACAAGGACCACGCCGAGGAGAGACCCUACGAGUGCGAUCAGUGCCAUCAGAGGUUUUACACCAGCUCCUCUCUGCUCAAACACCAACGCGCUCACACCGAGGAGAGGCCGUUCCGCUGCCCCGAUUGCGGGAAGGGCUUCAAGAACAACUCAGCCCUCAUCAUCCACCAACGCAUCCACACCGGGGAGAGACCCUACGAGUGUGAUCAGUGCUGGAAGAGGUUCCACACCACCUCUGAUCUCCUCCUGCACCAACGCAUCCACACGGACGAGAGGCCCUUCCGCUGUCCCGACUGCGGGGUUGGGUUCAAACACAACUCCAGCCUGGUCAAACACCGACGGAUCCACACCGGGGAGAGACCCUACGAGUGUUGGCAGUGUGGGAAGAGCUUCAGUGCCAGCUUCAGUUUGAUUGUCCACCACAGGACCCACACCGGGGAACGGCCCUACGAGUGCGGGCAGUGCGGGAAGAGCUUCAGCCAAAGCUCAGGGUUGGUCGCCCACCAGAGGAGCCACACGGGGGAGAGACCCUACGAGUGUGGGGAGUGUGGGAAGAGCUUCAGCCAGAGCUGUAACUUGAUCAAACAUCAGUGUAGGCAGCAUUGUGGGCAGCCCAGAGGGCAGGAAGAGCUUCCUGGGCUGCUGCAGCUUCAUCCCCCACAGGAGGAUCUGCUCUGGAUGGUCCCCAGGGAGCCCAGGUGGGCAGAGCCCUCUUGAUCCAUGCUUGGAGCACACCUGGCUGAGAGCUCCUCAUCCUCCUGCCCAGGUGGGCAGUAACCCCUUGAUC